AUGGCACCCUUAACCCCCUACACCUACAUCCAAUGCCCUUGUUCCGAUACCAGCUUCUCCCCCUCGGGAGCACCAACCUCCGACGACAAGACGGAACCCGAAGACGAUGACCGCACCUUCGAUCCUCGCGCGCCUCGCGCCAAUUACAGCCUCUAUCCUCUCGAGUACCUUCUAUACUGCGAGGACUGUCAUCAGAUUCGUUGUCCUCGCUGCGUGAACGAAGAAAUCGUCACCUACUACUGUCCCAGCUGUCUGUUCGAGGUGCCCAGCAGCAACCUUAAAACUGAGGGAAACCGGUGCACGCGGAGUUGCUUCCAGUGCCCCAUCUGCAUAGGACCCCUCGUCGUCACCAGUCUCGAGGCCCCUCCUGAACCUACCCUCCUCGCCGCCGACAAUACCGCCCAACCGACCGGCCCUUACGUCCUGACCUGCUCCUACUGUAACUGGAGCUCCACCGAGAUCGGCAUACAAUUCGACAAGCCCAACGGGAUCUACCAGCAGCUGGCCAAGAUGUCCAACGGAGGCAAGCCGCGCCUGACCGCCAAGGAGUUCAGAGAGCGCUCGCGGAAAGAGAAGGAGGGGGACCCCGAAUCGCCAUCGUCCCCGCUCACGAACAGCGACGUCGACGCCGAGCUCCAAUUCUCCCAGCUCAAGGCCUUUUACCAGUCCCAGCUCAACGAGACGAACCCACAAGCCGCCGCCGGAUUGGGGUCGCUGGCCGACCUCGGCAUCUCGUCUCCCGGGUCCCUCUCGCGCAUCAUGAGCAUGUACACGGGGGCCGGCCACGGCGCCAGCCACAAGCAGUCGCGCGGCAGACUCCCGGUCAUGCGCGAGGCCCGCACCCUCGACGAAGGGUUCCAGGAAGCCGACCUCGACGACUCGGCCCUCAUCGAGAAACUUCGCGCCUCUGCGUUCGAAGACACCGCCUCGACCGACCAACGCCUCGCACAGCAGCCCUCGUUGCCGUCCCACCACCCCCUCCUCUUCGUCGACGACCUCCGCCCCAUCCCCUACCUCCUCCGCACCAAGCGGUCCAAACGCUGCCCCGUCUGCCGCCACAUCAUCAGCAAGCCCGAGUCCAAAAUCUCCAACCCGCGCUUCCGCAUCCGCCUCAUCGCCGGGAGCUACAUCCCCACCAUCACCGUCCGGCCCUUCCACGCGCCCGAGUCCCACAACGUGCCGUCCGGCCUGCGGCCGCCCGUGCCGGCGGAACUGUGGCUCGCGCCGCACCGCGCCUCGCAGUACGUCCUCACCUUCCAGAAUCCCAUCUUCGAGCCCGUCAAGGUCACGCUCGCCGCGCCGGCGGCCACGCCCGGGCGGUUCGCUAGCACGGUGACGGUGCUGUGUCCGCAGUUCGACAUUAGCGCGAACACGGACAUGUGGGACGAUGCGCUCAAGGAGGAGGGCGAGGUGCAGCUGCAGCUGCAGAGGAGGAGAGCGGGUGAGGAUGGGGGGCCCGCGCAGCCUGAGCCGGGGAAGAUUUGGGAGCGGGGGCGGAACUGGGUGAGUAUUGUCGUUGAGGUUGUUCCGGCUUCGUUGCGGCUUGAUGGUUUGCCGCCGGGCCCGGGGGGGGAGGAACCCGACCGGAGCCCCCUGAAAGAAGAUGAGGAUGUGUUGGAGAUACCCAUGUUUGUAAGGGUCGAGUGGGAGGCUGAUACGCGGGACGACGUGGGCAGCUCUACCACGACCAGGGAUAAUAAGGAGGCCAGGGAGAAGAGGGAGCUGGCGUAUUGGUGUGUUCUCGGCCUCGGCAGGAUAGCCCGAGGGUAA